AUGGCCUCAAAGAAGAAGACUGGGGGCUCAGGCCGUCGGGGUGCAGGGGGCACAGGGGGUGCAGGGGGCACAGAGGGCACAGAGACGGUGGUGCUGUCGGAUCGCUACCAGUUUCUGAAGCGGGAGUUUGCAGCAUUGACUGAGCAGCUAGAUACCUAUGAGAAGCGUGUGCAGAGCGUACUAUGGGAGAAUGAUUUCCUGGACCGGGAGGCUGCCAGGCUACGUGAGGAAAACCGGCAAUAUGCAGCUUAUAUGUCCAUACGGGCCCAACGCUGCGCCAACAUCAUCAUCACACUGGAUGCACAGAACCGUGCCGACCUGGCCCAGGUGCACUCCCAACAAGAGGAGCUCACCGCUCUGUAUCAGGGUCGUGAGGGUGCAGUACGCUCCCAACUCACAGAGAUGGAGGCCCGCUCAGCCAACAUGACACACCAGGUGGAACUGCUACAACCCUACAAGGAGCUACAGCUGGAACAGCUGGCCAGGAUCAAGACCCUGGAACGAGAGUUGCUGCACAUGCGGGUAGAACACACCCAACUGCUGCACCGCGUGAAAGGACGUUUCCUGGAGGACAAGGCUGCUUGUGAGCGUGAGGCCCGGCAACAGGUACAGUUGCUGGUGCGGAGGGCAGAGCGGGAAGCCACUCGCUCCCUCCUCGUGCACAUUCAGUCUAUCAAGGCCGAGAAUAGGCGUCUCCGGCAGGAGCUUCUGGGGCUCCUGUUCCGGACCAAGCUGCUACAGGAUACCAGGCAGGAGCUGCUGGAGCAGCGGAGGCAAUUAAGGCAGGAGCAUGGAGACAACCGGGAGCUGGCCAAAAUCCAUGGCUGGCUUCAGAGAGGUCCUGAGGGACCCCAACUUUGGGAGCCACCACUCCAUGAAGCCAGCUCAGCUUCACCCUCAUCCUUGCUCACACUACCCACCUCUUCACCCAUCCUCACCUCCUCACCCAUGCCCCUUCCUUCACCCAUUCCCCCAGGCUCACCCACACCUCUGGCCUCUUCAGAAAACACUACAAGGCUCAGUGUGCUGGCUGGUAGCCCACGUGCCCCCUCACCUACCCUCACAAUCUCCAGUAUCAAGUCUCCAACUCCAGGUGGACCUAAUGAGGUUCCCCCUAAGUCCUCUUUAUAG